GCGGCCGUCCACGCUGGCAACAAUCACAGAUCGGCGCCUCAUCGUCAUCCAGUACAGGAGUGUCGGUCCCCUGUGCUGCGGCGGCAUAUGUCAUCGCGCUCCAGUUGACAGCGUGAGCAUCAUCCCCCUGAAAAACAUUCUGGGCUUCAGCGUCGAGGAGAACUUUGCGCUGCAGCGAGCCAUGCUGGCCCGCCUUUUUUCCCAGAUUUGCUGCCGCCCUCUCUCGGAAAGCUCGCUGAGCGUCAAAGUGCUCAGCAAUGCAGGACUGGGCAAGGUGUAUUUGGGCGCCAUGUCCGUAAAGCAGCGGGUGCUGCCGCUGCACGCCGAUCCCGCUUGCAACUUUGAAGAGGACAAGGUGCUCGAAUUGCGACGCUGGCUUGGUAAUGUGGCCCUUUUCUUCAGCGAGUCAGCCGACAAGGGAUCAUCACGGCCCUUGCUGGAGCUUUGGCGCUGCGAAAGAGGCUGGGCUCCCGAGUGA